ACAAUGAUUUAGCUCUGUAUAAACUGUCGCAGCCAGGAGAAAAGUCCAGUAUCAUGGUGAAACCAGAAGUUGAAGGACUGCCACUUGUAAUGGAACUGGACACAGGCGCAGCAGUCUCUUUAAUUUCAACAGAGACUUAUAAUAAAAUACUGAAACAUCUGCCCUUAUGCUCAACUGACAUUGUUCUUCGAACAUACACAGGACAAGCAUUACGCCCUGAAGGUGUAAUUGACGUUCAUGUAAAAAUGGGGAAACAGACAGCUGUUCUUCCAUUGUAUGUGGUGCAGGGAGAUUAUCCACCACUUUAUGGCAGAGAAUGGCUGCGUCGGAUUAAACUUAACUGGAAAGAAAUAAGAACAGUCAAACUGAAGACACUAGAUGCUGUUCUGCAAAAACAUACCGCUGUUUUCUCUAAACAAUUAGGGGAAAUGAAGAAAAUAAAGGCUAAAAUAUCGCUGAAACCUGAACAUAAACCAAAGUUUUGUCAGCCCAGAGUAGUCCCAUAUGCCCUGCGUCCAAAAGUUGAAGAGGAGUUGAACCGUCUCACUGAAAUGGGAGUUUUGACACCGGUGCAGUAUAGUGAAUGGGCUACUCCAAUAGUUCCGGUGGUGAAGAAAAAUGGAGCAGUGCGCAUCUGUGGGGACUUUAAAGUGACAAUAAACCCUGUACUUCACACUGAACACUAUCCGUUACCACGCAUCGAGGACCUUUUUGCUUCAUUAGCAGGAGGACAAUGUUUCAGUAAACUAGACUUGUCCCAUGCUUACCUCCAAAUGAAGGUGGAGGAGGAGUCCUCAAAGUUCCUCACAAUUUCCACACAGAAAGGGCUAUUCCAAUACUCUCGCCUUCCUUUUGGGAUUGCCUUCGCGCCAGCAAUAUUCCAAAGAGCUAUGGAUCAAGUAUUAUUAGGCCUUCCUAAUGUCCAUUGCUAUCUGGAUGACAUUCUUGUUACUGGGCGGACUGAAGCUGAACACUUGGAAAACUUGGAUGGAGUUCUUGGACGCCUAGAGGAGUUUGGCUUGCAUGUGGAAAAAGGAAAAUGUGACUUUUUCAAGGACUCACUGGAAUAUUUGGGUCACAUAAUUGACGCUGAAGGUUUGCACAAGUCACCUGAAAAAGUGAGUGCAAUUGUCAAUGCCCCACCCCCAUCAAACGUCACACAGCUGAGGUCAUUCCUUGGUUUGUUAAAUUAUUAUGGGAGGUUCAUACCCAAUUUGGCGACUAUAGCGAAUCCUUUGAAUUCUCUGCUGUGCAAGGGAAAGCGCUGGCUGUGGUCGGCAGAGUGCAAUGCUGCAUUCAAAAUGGCAAAGGAACAAUUAGUAUCACAAAAUGUCUUGACACACUACGACCCACAGAACCCAAUUCGACUUGCGUGUGAUGCAUCACCAUAUGGCAUUGGUGCUGUCAUCUCACACAUGUUACCCAGUGGUGAGGAAAAGCCUAUAGCUUUUGCAUCGCGCACGCUUAGCAAGGCAGAACAGAAUUACGCGCAGAUUGAGCGCGAGGCUCUGGCAAUUGUGUUUGGAGUUCGGAAAUUCCAUCAGUAUCUCUACGGACGAAAAUUCACACUCUUCACAGAUCACCGCCCCCUUACUACAAUCUUAGGGCCACAAAAUGGAAUUCCAUCAAUGGCGGCGGCACGUAUGCAAAGGUGGGCAUUGCUUUUGUCUGCACACAACUACACUAUCGAGUACAAAAGAGCCGAACAUCACGGAAAUGCUGAUGGUCUUUCCCGUCUGCCAUUGCACGUAGAACAUAGAGAAAAGAACGAUGCUGUAGAGCUGUUCUACCUCGGACAGAUGGAAAAACUCCCUGUUAGUGCCACUGAUAUUAGAAGAGAGACUAUGAGCGACUCUAUGGCUACAGUAGUCGAAAUGGUUCUACAAGGAACUCAAGCUAUCAGCCUGACAGAUAAUAAUGAACUCUCACCUUUCAUCUCCAAACGCAGUGAGCUAUCUGUUCAACAUGGAUGUUUGAUGAGGGGUAUGAGAGUUGUGGUUCCACACAAACUACAGAAAAGAGUGCUGGAAGAACUGCACACUGGACAUCCAGGAAUUGUCAGAAUGAAAGCCAUUGCUCGUAGCUAUGUGUGGUGGCCGCGUCUGGAUGCUGACAUUGAAUUGCAAGUGAAAAUGUGUCAGUCAUGCCAACAAAUACAGAAAAUGCCAUCACAAGCACCUCUCCAUCCAUGGGAAUGGCCAAGUAAACCAUGGGAGCGCAUACAUGUAGAUUUUGCUGGGCCAUGUGAGGGUCACAUGUACCUAGUCGUGGUCGAUGCGCAUUCAAAGUGGCCUGAGGUGCAAGUCAUGACAUCAACGACAGCAGAGAAAACCAUUGAUGUUUUGAGGAACAUUUUCAGUCAUUAUGGUCUGCCUGAAGUCCUCGUGAGUGAUAAUGGACCACAAUUUGUCUCUCAGGAGUUUGCGAGUUUCCUGAAAACCAAUCACGUGAAGCAUAUUCGUUCCGCUCCUUAUCACCCAUCAACAAAUGGGCAGGCUGAGAGGUUUGUUCAGUCACUAAAACAAGCACUGAAGGUUUCUAAGGGAUCUUCUACUCUACAAAAAAGGCUGGAAACAUUCCUGCUGACAUACCGCAACACACCACACCCAACGACAAAAGAGUCCCCUUCCUUGUUGUUUAUGGGACGCCAGUUGCGCACGCGUCUUGAUGCCCUAAAACCCAGUGUGACAGCGGCAGUUCGGCUCUCCCAAGUGUCUCAAAUUCUCCGCAGAGAAGGUCGUUUGAGACCAAGACAGUUUGGAGUAGGUGAUGCUGUGCUUGCUCGUGAUUACAGGGGAAGAGAGAAAUGGACAUCAGGAGUGGUGACGGCUCAAAGUGGUCCAGUAUCCUAUACUGUGGAUGUGGGUACUUCUGAGGAAUGGAGGCGUCAUGCUGAUCAACUUUUGUCCAUUCCAAAACAAACAGCUGAAAAGCUUUCAACAGACUUGCCUGAUAACAAGAAUGUGUCUGCCCCUGUACAGACCUCUGCAGAUGCCACUUCUUCUGCAUCACUAACAAGGGAACAAGAUGUUAACAAUGACAUAUCAGGAGAGUGUCAGACAAAACAUGACAUUACACCAACACAGAUUAGACGUUAUCCAGCAAGAGUGAUUAAACCACCCAACCGUCUGACAUUAUAAGAAAACAGAAGCUGCUGAAUUAAGCUAUGAUUAGUUAUGUUAGUGAGCCUGUUCUGAUCUGGGGCAGAAUAAUCCCCGAACUGGCUCGAGGCAAGAGGCAGUCUACCCUCUACCUCUAGAGUAAAAUAGAUAAAGGUAUUAUAAUUGUGUUUUUGAAAAAUGUUUUUGGAGUUGUUUCUGUUUAAGAGGGGAGGAAAUGUUAUGUAUGUGAUAUUGCCAUUGUCCCCAGUGCCAUUAGGUGGCACCCACACGUUACUGCUUAUGUUCGUGUGCUCUUGUUAAUAAAAUAGUGAAGAAGUUAAGUACUCCCGUUGUAGCUGUGUUAUUUAGCCUAGUGCAUUCAAGAGUGUAUUUUAAAUGUUAUGAU